AUGACUGCAGCAAUGUUGCUUCCAAGCAUAGAAGUACCAAAAUUUAAAGGUGAUCCUAUUGAGUUUGCCACUUUCAUGAUGGCAUUUGAUGCCAGAAUUGCUCCAAAUGCUUCGGGUGAUGCUGACAAACUGUACUACUUGGAUCAGCAACUUGAAGGGGAAGCCAAAGACUUGAUAGGUGGAUGCUUGUAUAUGAGUUCUUCAGAAGGAUAUACUUCAGCAAGGAGUUUGCUCAGUCAAGAGUAUGGCGAUCCCUACAAGGUGUCAAUGGCAUAUAUUAAGAAACUUAUUUCUUGGUCUGCACUGAAAUACGAAGAUCCUCAUGGCUUGUAUACAUUUGCUUUAUUCCUUAUUAAGUGCAGACAUGCCAUGACCAACUUGUCACACAUGGAAGUACUAAAUCAUCUUCCUAACCUUCAAGCAGUUGUUAAAAAACUUCCAACAUACCUUCAGAACAAGUGGUGUAGCCUGGCUGGACAUUUGAGGGAAGAAAAGGGAGGAGUUGAUUUUGCAGAUUUGGUUGAAUUUGUUUAUAAAAAGGCAAAGGCAGCAAACGACCCAACGUUCAGCAAGUUUGCUCUUCAAAUUCAAAAUAUUAUUCAAAGCCUGAAAACAACUCUGGUAGCUUCAAACUCAGAUAUUGUCAACAAAAGAACAAAAGUUCAAGCUUUGCUACCCAAGCAGAACUGA